CUUCAGCUGGUCUUUGAGUCCCUGAUGCGGGAGCCGUGGGGCAGAGAGGGGCUGAGCAGGGAGCAGUUCUCGGUCCUCAGUGCCCUGGCCGGCCGGCGCCGCGGGGAGACCCUGGUGCCGGGAAGGAGGUCAUCUGUGGUGGAUGAGUCAGGCCAGUCCCUCCUGUCCCACUCAGACAUCAGCUACGACCGCACUGAUGAUGAUGUGGACGUUGAUAUGACAGUGGUACGGACCCUGAAGCGCAAAGCCCAGGAGAGGCAGCGUGUGUCCCUGGCCCCUCAGAUUGGCCCUUUGGUGGUGGCAAAGCGUCGCCGGUCUUCUGUGGCACCCCACAAUGCUGCGAGUGUCCCCCAUGCGCCCCUUCCUGCCGAGGUGCCAGGCCCUGCUGGCAGCCUCCUGCCUGCCACUCUGGUGCUACAACGUUGGCAGGGACACGACAUCUCUACACGUGCAGUUUGCCUUUUGGGGAUCCGUCCACUGCCUCCUCUCUCUGCAGAGCUGACCACAGCACAGGGCAGCCGUGAUGAUCUGGGCUGCCAUGCCCUGGGGCAGGAGAGCAACACCAAGAGCAGCUCCUCUGCCAGGCAGCCAGAACCAACCCACUUCCCCUCACCUCCACGGGGCCUCCCAGUGCUCCAGCACCAGUUCAUCUCCAAAAUGGUGAUCCGCCCUGAGCCGUGUGGCAUCUGUGGUGCCCGCAUCCGUUUUGGGAAGGCUGCCAUCAAGUGCCGCCGCUGCCAGCUGCUGCUGCACCCCAAGUGCCGGGAGCAGUGCCCCAGCUCCUGCAAGCCCUGUCCUCGCCACCACGCCUGGCCCCUUGAGGGCGUAGUGGCUGACUUUGCCCCCUCCACACCACCCUUGGUACCUGUGCUGGUGGUGCAGUGUGUGACUGAGGUGGAGAAGCGAGGCUUGACAGAGACAGGGCUGUACCGGGUGCGGGGUACUGAGCAGCUGGUGCAGGAGUGGAAGCGGAGGCUGCUGCAGGCUGGGGACACACUGCCUGCCCUCAGCAGCGUGACUGACAUCCAUGUGGUGUGUGGAGUGCUCAAGGACUUUCUGCGGGGGCUCAAGGAGCCGCUGGUCACCUUCAGCCUCCACCCUGCCUUCCUGCAAGCUGCUGACAUCCCGGAUGAUGCUGCCUGUGGCAGAGCCCUGUGCCAUGUGGUGAACAAGCUGCCCCCGGCCAACAGGGACACCCUGGCCUUCCUCAUGCUACACCUGCUCAGGGUGUCACGCAGCCCUGCCUGCAAGAUGGAUGUGCUCAACCUGUCCCGUGUGUUUGGCCCCACGCUGGUGGGACACAGCUCGUCCAACCCCACACCACACACCAUUCUGGAGGACACGCCACGACAGUGCAAGGUGGUGGCUCGGCUCCUCUCGCUGCCACCCAGUUUCUGGAGAGGCUUUGUGGGGACAGAGCAGGAGAACUCAGUACCAAUGCCAGCUCCAGGCAGUGAAUGUGAGCCGUUCUUCCCCCCCAUCACCUCUGUGGAGCCCAAAGUAUGCCAGUUCCGCCCAGCCUGCUGCCUCCCCAGCAGCCCGCAGAGCCGCGAGGGCACGGCUGCCCAGCCCCCGCAGGGGCCGGCCAUAAUAAAGGUGGGCCGGUUCUUCCCUUCUCCAGUGUAG